CCUGUGCACUGAUGAAGCAAGGGUGGUAUUUGCUGAUAAGAACAAUGUCGCCUGACCUGCCGUGGUUUACGAUCCGCGCGGGUUGCUCAGAGCUGAUCUCUGCUGAAAGUGGGUUCCGCUUUGGACGGCUUCAGCUCCCAGAUCCCUUCACCAUAUUGCAAUCUACAAGAAACAGCCUCUUGGGAUGGUUCUUAAAUGGCCCUUUAAAGUGCACGCUACUGUUAGGGCUCUCUGUGGGCGCCAGGAGUCGAAAUCGACUUGAGGGCACACUUUACUUUACUUACUAUUCGCUAGGACAGACCUACAGCCGGCCAAGGGUACACCUGGGGUGGGUCUUCUGAAAGGCUGUGGAGAAAGGAAGGAUGGGGAGGGAUUUGGAGUUGCAGAUGAGCCCUCAAAGGAAUGAAUCAAUCAAUCAGUCAGUCAGUCAGUCAAUCUUUUAUCGAUGCAGUCACUGACCAGUAGAAACUGUUAAGACACUAGGGACAGAGAUGUCCUUUUGCAUCUGGCAGGGUCUUCUGGGCAUCCAAAUGGGAUGGUAUUUAGUUUAUUUUUCAUUUCAUUUCAUUUGAUUUGGUGGGGAGGGAUUUAGAGUUGCAGAUGAGCCCGCAAGGGAAUCAAUCAAUCAACCAGUCUUUUAUUAAUAUAGUCACUGACCAGUAAAGACACUUAGGGAUGCAGAUGUGCUUUUGCACAUCUGGCUGGAAGAAGGGGUCUACGGGGGAUCCCAAUGGGAUGGCGUUUGGUUUAUUGUUUGUUUUAUUUCCUGGGGAGGGAUUUCAUUUGCUCUGCAGACUAGCCUUGCCCAUCAUCUGCCCAUCUGCCCCUUCCUUCCUGAUCAGUGUGUAUAUAUUUGCAAAUAAACAGAUGUUGCAAAAGGCAAAAGGGGGGGAGACCCUCCCCCUCCUGGAGCAGGUGGGGCAGUGAUCAACCCUCCCUCCAGCCAGGCAGAUGCAUUCACUGGAGGCAGCACUGGAUCCUGCUAAUGAUCGCAGGCUAUGAAGGUGCAGCUGGUGAAACCCCCACCCCCACUCCCGUUCCCGGCGCCUCCUCCUGCCUGUGCUGCUACUUGGGAGUUUGGCCGCUUGAUAUAUUUAUUAGGAACUCGAUCUGCGAAGGGAAAGAGCUGCCUCCAACAAGCGCUCGGACUUGGGGGGCCAGCGCGCACCCCACACAUCAGGAGCUCCACCCAUUCCAAGCCCGAAGGCAGGAAAAUCCAGCCCUGGGGGAUCUGGAGAGGGGGGGACCCUUGGAAGAAGAAGAAGCACCUCAGUUCGACUCAGAGGUGCGGGGCUUUGGAAAGCGGUCCAGCUUCUCGCGGUGGGAAUAGAGAAGCAGGGAGAGAGACCCCACCACCACUCUCCAGGGAGAUGUUGAGGGAGAUUAACCCACAGGAUUCUUAAAAGUCAAAACUGGGUCAAGCAACAUGGAUCCCUUGUAUUUUUCUACCACGUUUGGCAUGGAAGCAGUUUCUCCAGAUGUUAACUUUUCCUUUCUGGCAAACGCAAGUAACAAGACCUUCCCGGAAUUCCUGGCAUCUUCCAGCAUCCGCUCUGUCUUCAUUCCCGUCAUUUACCUCUUGGUUUGUGCCAUUGGACUGAGUGGGAACACCUUGGUCAUUUACGUGGUUUUGCGUUAUGCCAAGAUGAAGACCGUCACCAACAUUUACAUCUUAAAUCUUGCCGUUGCAGAUGUGCUCUUCAUGCUUGGCUUGCCGUUCCUUGCGACCCAGAACGCCAUCUCCUACUGGCCUUUUGGAUCCUUCUUAUGUCGAUUAGUGAUGGCUUUAGAUGGCAUCAACCAAUUCACCAGUAUUUUUUGCCUGACUGUCAUGAGCUUGGACCGCUACCUUGCUGUGGUCCACCCCAUCAAGUCCACCAAAUGGCGUCGACCAAGAGUCGCCAAGCUGAUCAGCAUGGCGGUUUGGACUGUCUCCUUUCUGGUUGUGCUCCCCAUGAUUAUUUUCGCCGACGUCCAAGAAACUUUCCAGACAUGCAACAUGAGCUGGCCUGAACCUGUGGAGAUAUGGUCUGCAGUGUUCAUCAUUUAUACGUCUGUGUUGGGGUUCUUUGGACCUCUGUUGGUGAUCUGUCUCUGCUACUUGCUGAUCAUAAUUAAAGUCAAGUCAUCUGGAAUCCGCGUCGGCUCUACAAGACGCCGGCGGUCAGAGAGGAAAGUGACCAAGAUGGUGGUCAUAAUUGUGGUUGUCUUUGUCUUCUGUUGGCUCCCUUUCUACAUCGUGAACAUUAUCAAUUUGAUAUUCAUAUUACCGGAGGAACCAGUCUUAUUUGGCAUCUUCUGCUUUGUGGUGAUUCUGUCCUACGCCAACAGCUGUGCAAACCCCAUUCUGUACGGAUUUCUUUCCGACAACUUCAGGCAGAGCUUUCGAAAGGUCUUGUGCCUCCGUAAAGGCAAUGGCAUUGAAGAUGGUGAUCCAACUGAACACCAGCAAGAGAAGAGCAGUCAUUUGCAGCAAGAAGCUCUGUUACUCCAGAGAAGCGUGGAAUCCAAUGGACAUAUGCAAACCAGUAAGGUGUAGAGAUCUCAUUGCUGUUGAGGGUCUGUGGACUUGACUGCAACACCUCCUAGCAGGAGAGACUGCUGGUGGGCCAGGGAUGAAAAGGAUAUUGCCAAAUCCUCUGUCUUGAUGUGCGUAGUAGAUGUGUUUUCUGGCUCUCUCCUGGUAAAGAGAGAUUCUCUCACAAUCAUCCUUGGUGCCAUGAAAAGCUCUGAAAAAUGAUUGCACAGCCGUCCUGCCAAUUUCACGUUCAAGUUCUCAUUCUCCCUUUCUAGACAUGAACAUCCGUUCCCAGCCUUCUGCCAUCCUUGCAUGGCCAAGAGACACCACCCAGCCAAUGUGUGAAGCACUUCCCAAACUCCUGUGUUUCAAAGGGAAAGUUAAGCAGAGGCUUCUGUUUCUCCCAUUAAAUUAAGGGUACCUUCUUUCCCAUCGAAAAUAGGCAUUUCUGCUAAGAUAGUUCAAAACACUUUAAAAGCAAAAAUUUCGCAGGGAGAGAAAAGACACUUUGGAGGGGAAUAUAUGCUGGGGAUUUGAAGAUAUGGGAGUGGGGAAGAUUGGUAUGGGGCUGUGAUGAAAUCUACACAACCAUCAGAUCUGGCAAUGAAGAUAAUGUGUGUGGGGGGGGGGGGACCGACACUAAAUGUAUUCCUUUGCCAGGAGGAGAAAAAACGAUGCAAAGAAUUGCAAGAAUAGAAUUUGAGAAUUCUGCCUCUUCUCAUCUUUGUCUUUAAUGUCUCGGUACUUAAAUCCGUAACACUUAAAAGUGCUUCAUUUUGGCUGGCUGGUGCUGGGAGUCCACUGCGACGAGAAAAAUGUCUCAAUGUAUGUAGAUGUAACGUAUUCCUUGGAAGUCUAAUUUCUUUUUUAAAAGGUUACGCAAUCCCA